AUGACCAUGAACGACAGCGGCGUCAAUAUUGACAAAACUCCCACGAUGCCCAACACGACUACCUCGCCCAAUGGUGCGUCGGGGAGUCCCGUAACCCCUCCCAUCACUAUUCCCACAACCACCAACACCAACACCGCUGGCACUGCCGAGGAGACUGCUUCCACCAUCACUGUGAAUACGACCAAGACUCCUGCCGCCAAUUUCCCCCCGCCAAAGACGGACAAGCCUCGUCCUCAUGUCUGUGCUACUUGCCAGCGGUCGUUUGCUCGUCUCGAGCAUUUGAAGCGCCACGAGCGCUCGCACACAAAGGAAAAGCCCUUUGCUUGCCCCGAGUGUACGAGAUGCUUCGCCCGCCGAGAUCUCCUGUUGAGGCACCAACAGAAGCUUCACCAGACCACGACCCCCUCGUCCCGUCCGCGCAAUCGCCGAGAGAGCGCCGCCGGUGCCAACCCCGUUCAGAGCCGAGCUCGCAAGAACAGUAUCGCUGGCCCGAAUGCCGCCGCCACCGCCGCCGCGAAUGCCGCCUCAAUGAGGCCCAGGGCCAACACCAUCAGUCACGUCGAUGUGUCGAUGCUUGCCGCCGCCAAUGCCUCCGUUGCCAGGGCUAUUCCUGGCCAUAACCGGCACCCUAGUCUUGCUGGUCUGACCACCCUUCACCACAAUAUGGACUUAUUUGGUGGCAUGUCGGUGGCUAUGGGCCAGCGUGGUAUUAAUACCCACGGCCUCCCCAAGCUUGAGACCAACCAACUGAACCAGAUGGACUUUGGCGGCGGCCUCCGAACUGCACCUCCUAUGCCGUUCAGCAACGACUUCGACUUUGAGGGCCUACUCUUUGGUACUCAGGGAUCGACCAUUAAUCCGAAUGCCCUCCACUACAACGACUCGCCUCAAUCCAUGGCUCUGGACCCGACUUCUCCCUUCCCUCAUGGGCUUCAUGACCUCUCGGCAAGCCAGCAUUUCGAUGAUACCAUUGACUGGCUGAGCGGAUUCGAGCACCAGAUGUCCUUCCACGCCAACGAAAAUGCCGUGGACGGAUCGAGCCCUUCCGCCAUCAGCACAACAAGCCAGAGCGGCAUUAGUGAUGUCAUGCUAGACGGUUCCAACCACCCGCCCCCGGUUGGCACAAGCUCCAUGUGGCAGCCUACGGCAAUGGGCCCUCCUCAGAUGCCUAACCCGUUCGCUUUGGACCUCAACGGUUCUGUGUUUCCGGAUCUCAUGAACGGCUCUCCAAUUUCGCCUCAACCCGCGUCGCAGAAACUCAAUGACACCUACUUUUCCACCCCGCCUUCGUCUCUGACCUCUCUAAGCCCCACCCUCGUCAACGGCAUCACCACAUCGCAGAACCUCAACCAAGCCCUCUCCUUCAGCACCGCUCCGGAAACGCCAACGUCUCUUAACGGCGUCGGUAGCGGCGGCGGCGGCAAUCAACAAGCCGCCACCUCCCCGACUAUUACCGAAGCCACCCGAAACGCCAUCGUAAACGCGCUCAACCAGCGGCCUAGCUUCGGCCGUAAAUAUUCGCAUUCUCAUUCUCUUCAGGCGCCGGGGUCUCCCCUCUCGCCCCAGUUCCAGACGUCGCCGGUGAACGUUCCUGACAAUGCAAAGAACCUCCCGAGCACCCAAGAUCUUCAGCGGUAUGUCGGUGCCUACCUCCGUUACUUCCACCCUCAUCUCCCAUUCCUCCACAUCCCGACACUGUCGUUCGACGUGCCUACCUCCUCAUCCCCUGUAAAUGGACGCACCGGGGGAGUCGCCGGUAGCGGGUGCCUUAUCCUUUCGAUGGCCGCCAUUGGCGCGCUGUACGAAUUGGAUCACCACGCCCAGUCAAGAGAGCUAUUCGAAAUGGCGAAGAAGAUGGUUCAGCAGUAUCUCGAGGAGCGGCGAAAGGCCGACGUGAGAAAGGCCGAUUGUCUUCGUACUCCCGGAUCGGACGUAACCCCUCAGCCGCAAGAGAAUGCAACACAUACUCCUGUCUGGCUCGUCCAGGCAAUGCUCCUGAAUGUGGUCUAUGGGCACAACUGUGGCGACAAGACGGCGAGCGAGAUCGCUUCGACCCACUCCGCAGCCCUCGUUAGUCUUGCCCAGGGUGCUGACCUCCUCCGACAGACCAGAGUAGAAGCCGAGAGUCAUGAUACCAUGAUGAGCGAUGACGCGGCGUGGAACGCCGCCAUCAAGUCCGAAUCCGAUGAACAAGCCGAGUGGAUCAGGUGGAAGAGCAUGGAGGAGAGGAAGCGCACGCUCUUUGCCGUCUUUGUCCUCUCAAGCAUACUCGUGUCCUACUACAACCAUGCCCCAACCCUCACCAACUCCGAAAUUACGAUAGAUCUUCCUUGCGACGAAAAGUUCUUCUCUGCCGAGAGCGCCACCGUCUUCCAAGCCCGAGGCGGUAUCCAGGGGGCAAACCGCAACCGCGUGACGUUCCGCGAUGCCCUAUCAGAACUCCUUCGCACGAGCGAGACGCAGCAGAAGCAGGGAGUGUCGUCUUCCGACCACCACCACCACCAUGCCCAGGGUGAACUCAAGCCUAGCUCCUUCGGGUGCUUCAUUCUCAUCAACGCACUUCACAACUACAUUUGGGAGACUAGGCAGAGGCACCACAACAAGGGCUGGACUAGCGAGGAGAUGGAAACGAUGCAUCGGCACGUGGAACCCGCUCUCAAGGCGUGGCAGGUGGCUUGGACCAAGAGUUCGAAUGGAGCGGGCGAACUCACUCUAGGCCCUGGCGAACUGUCGGUCGAUUCGGUUCCCCUGUUGGACAUUGCACACGUCAGGCUUUACGUCAACCUGUCCCAGUCUAAGGAAAGGUUUUGGAAACGCGACUGGGAUGGCGUAGCGGAGGAAAUCUCUCGCUGCAGCGACAUUUCUCCACUCAUGGAGAAUACGCCCGAGAUUAAUAGCGAGGCCAACAGCGCCGACUCUUCGGAUACUUCAAUGAGCGGUUCGGGUGCUGCGGACUCCCCUGCGACUCAGAUUUCCAUUCCACAGGAUUUCUCCGCUCCCGGAAAAUUCGCUUCCCAGCAUUCGUCGAGUUCCUCAACGCAGCGACGGGAGAAAUAUUUACGGACGGCGGCAUUCUACGCGGCGGAGUCACUUGUGUCGAUGGCCAAGCACGGUGUUGGCUCAGGCGAAUUGAACGGGCGCGAUCUCAAUCUCCAGGCAUCCUUGUGCAUCAUGGACUGUGCGCAGGUGCUGGCGGAGUGGGUGGCUACGCUUCAGGAUCGAGUUGGGCCGUACCUCGGUAUCCUGGGACGUGACGACGUCGACCUUGCGCAGGUGCCAGCCAUCAUGCUUCUGGAGGAGGAAGAUGUCAAGCUGCUUCACAAGGUGCAGGAGAUUAUCGCUUUGAUUGAGCCGAAUGUCAACUUGGAUUUGGCCGGUGCAAACGUCAAUUUGGGAUUUGGUAUUGGGGAUUAUUCGGGGUACGCUGCCAAGAUUCUACAACUAGCCUCCAAGUAUCUUCUCAGGACGGGUGUCUGGCCAGUGAUACACUUGAUGGCCGAGUGCCUCGAGACGCAUGCGAGCCAUAUGCGGUCUCGAGCUGAGAAGUCAAUUCUUGCAAGCGAGUGA